CGCGUUCCCGGCGGAGCUGGGCGAGGUGUUCUCGGCGUGGCAGGAGGAGUGCUCGGCGCGGGGCAAGGCGCCCAUCGGGCAGCGCCUGGUGUCGGCCUCGCUCUUCCUGCGCUUCCUCUGCCCCGCCAUCAUGUCCCCGAGCCUCUUCGGCCUCGUCCAGGAGUACCCCAGCGAGGCCACCGCCCGCACCCUCACCCUGGUGGCCAAGGUCAUCCAGAACUUGGCCAACUUCACCACGUUUGGCGAGAAGGAGGCCUACAUGGGCUUCAUGAACGAGUUCCUGGAGCGCCACUGGAGCCCCAUGGCCGAGUUCCUGCGGAGCGUGGCCAGCCCCGAGGGCAGCGCCCACAUGGCCACCUACGACGGCUACGUGGACCUGGCGCUGGAGCUGGCCACGCUCCACCUGCUGCUCUGCGACAUCUUCUCCAGCCUGGACCAGGCCACGCAGGAGGAGCUGGAGCCGCUGCCCACCAUCCUCACGGCCAUCAGGGAGGGCACCCCUGUGCCCGUGUCCGUCCGGCUCAGCUCCACCGCCAGGAGAAGCCCCUCCGAGCCCUUCAAGCCGGGCUUUGUGCCGCCGCGGGACCUGAGCAAGCACAGCCCCCUCAUCAAGAGCCAGUCCCUCACCAGCGUCCGCCGCGUGCGGGGCCGCGAGGACGGGACGGAGCCGGAGCCGGAGCCAUCGCCGGCCCCGGUGCCGUCCCCGGUGCCCGGCCGGGAGCGCCGGAACGUCCAGCGCACCCAGAGCGUCCCGGCGCAGGCCAAGGCCCCGCGGCGCCCGCGCCACCAGGGCAGCACCGAGCUCGAGGCUGAGCCACCGCCCGGGGAUGGCGCAGGGUCACCCGGCACCGGCAACACCCCGCUGCGCUCGUCGGCGUCGCUGCCCCGCAAGUCGACGGUGCCGUGGCAGCGCUUGGCGGAGGACACGGAGGCGCGGGGCGAGCUCUACGCGCUGCGCCCGCUCGAGAAGCACGGGCGGCUGCUGGAGGCGCUGCGGGACGAGGUGUCGGAGCUGCGGGAGCGGCUGGAGCGGGCGGAGGCGCGGGCGGGACGCGCCGAGGAGCAGCACCGGGAGCGGCUGGAGAGGCUCCGGCAGCAGCUGGAGGAAGGAAACGCCCGAGCCGCCAACCUGGGGGCCAGGCUGACGGCGGCUGAAGGCACCAGGAAAAAGGACCUGGAGAGGCUGAAGAGCAGCGAGGAGAAGAACCGGGAGCUGGAGCGGCGGCUGUCGGCGCUGGAGCGGGAGCAGUCGGAGCUGAGCGGGAUCCUGGCCCAGGCCCUGGGACCCCCCGGCAGGACGAGACCCCGGGGCCCAGCGCGGGGCUGGGACGAGAGCAGGGACGAGGCCCAGGCCACCAGCGUGUGACCUGUGUCCCAAAGUGUCCCCAGGGUGCCCCAAAGUGUCCCCAGAAUGUCCUCAGGGUGUCCCUGCAGCCCCGUCCCCAACCUGCUCUGAGGGGAUUCCGAAGGGUGUUUAAUCCCAAUCCCAUGGGAAUAAACAGCAUCAG